GGGCUCGUCCGGGAUUCGAGAGACCCCCAGGACCCCACCCGGAGGGUCCCACAUCUGGAUUCCUCCCCAGAGGACCUGAUUCAUCUGCCACCCUACCAGGCUCCCCCUCCCCCUUCCGCCCCUUCAUUGGAAGCACCAGGGGCUGCAGGAGGGGCACCACCCCUCCCUGAUGAGGGAAUUCCUGUGGGGGGGAGGGAGCAAGCAGCAGGGACACGUGGACGGACCCACCGGGUGGCCCCACCCUCAAGUAUGGGGCCGGCAGACUCCACCGCCCUUCCCCUCCGCGCCAUGGGGCCUCCCGACGAGUCUGGAGAACCACCAAUGUUAUAUUGGCCGUUCUCCACCAGUGAUUUAUAUAAUUGGAGAACUCGAAAUGCAAAGUUCUCCGAUAACCCAAAAGAUUUGAUUGGGCUUUUAGAUACUGUUCUCUUUACCCACCAGCCUACUUGGGAUGACUGUCCGCAGCUCUUGGAGGUUCUCUUCACCACCGAAGAGAGAGAACGAAUACAGGUGGAAGCUCGGAAGUCUGUCCUGGGAGAGGACAGACAACCGACUCAAAACCCAGACCUCAUAAACGCUGCCUUCCCCUUAUCCCGCCCUACCUGGGACGACAACUCGGCUGAAGGUAAGGAGAGACUCCGGGUCUACCGCCAGACUCUAAUGGCAGGUCUCAAGGCUGCGGCGCGCAAGCCUACUAAUCUGGCCAAGGUAUAUGAUGUAAGACAAGGUAAGGAUGAGAGUCCAGCAGCUUUCUUAGUCACAGAGGCUUUUAGGCAGUACACCCCGAUGAACCCAGAAGCCCCAGAAACAAAAGCCGCAAUUAUCAUGGCUUUUGUUAAUCAGGCCGCUCCAGACAUCAAAAGGAAAUUACAAAGAGUGGAGAGGCUAGGAGAGAAGAGCCUGCAGGACUUAAUAACAGUAGCAGAAAGAGUUUACAAUAAUAGACAAAGCCCGGAGGAGCAACAGACUAAACUAUGCGACCGCCACACCCGAAAUCUGGCUAAGAUCCUUCUGGCUACAACCAUGGAUGACCCACAGGAAAAACGGAGGCACCUCAGGAAGCUGACUUCAGGGACAGGUAAGGAGGAUGGCCCUGGUCCCCGACGGGAGCGCCCUAAGCUAAACAAAAACCAGUGUGCUUAUUGCAAGGAAGAGGGCCACUGGGUGAAAGACUGCCCUGACAAAAGAUCUAACGCCCCUGCCAAGAUAUUGGAGAUGGAGGACCUGGACGACUAGGGGAGUCGCGGUUCGGUACCCCUCCCCGAGCCCAGGGUAACUCUCAGAGUGGAGGGGAAACCAGUUGAAUUUCUAGUGGACACUGGGGCACAACAUUCGGUCUUAUUACAACCCCAGGGGAAAUUGGCGAGCAAGACCUCAUGGGUGCAAGGGGCCACGGGGACCAAACAGUACUCAUGGACUACCCGAAGAACUGUGGACCUCGGCAUGGGCCGGGUAUCCCACUCCUUCAUGGUCAUCCCUGAAUGUCCCUACCCGUUGUUAGGUCGGGACUUGCUCACCAAGAUGGGGGCACAAAUUUGCUUCCGCCCCGGAGGGGCAAAAAUCCUAGACAAAGAAGGGCAACCGAUUCAGGUGCUUGUCCUGAGUUUGGAAGACGAAUAUCGUCUCCACCAGAUGCCCCCAGCCCCAAUGGCUGACAUUGACCGUUGGCUACAGGAAUUUCCUCAGGCAUGGGCAGAAACUGGGGGAAUUGGGCUGGCCCGACACCGACCGGCUAUAUACAUAGAACUAAAACCAGGGGCAGACCCUGUUGGGGUCUGCCAAUACCCCAUGCCUCUCGCGGCGCGAACGGGAAUCACGCCCCACAUACGGCGACUGCUAGACUCAGGCAUAUUAAGGCUCUGCCAAUCAGCAUGGAACACUCCCUUGCUGCCGGUGCGAAAACCGCACUCUAACGAUUACAGGCCAGUCCAGGACUUAAGGGAAGUCAAGCGGCGAGUAAUGGAUGUGCACCCCACGGUCCCAAACCCAUACACCCUCCUCUCCACCUUGCCUCCAGACAAAAAUUGGUAUACGGUAUUAGAUUUAAAAGAUGCCUUUUUCAGCCUGCCUUUAGCACCCAAGAGCCAAGACCUUUUUGCCUUUGAAUGGACGGACCCCGAGAAAGGCAUCAACGGCCAACUCACCUGGACUCGACUACCACAAGGAUUCAGAAACUCACCAACCACCUUCGAUGAGGCCUUACACGAAGACUUGGGUGAGUUCCGUUCUGAGCACCCUCAUUUGACCUUAUUGCAAUAUGUACAUGAUAUCCUGCUGGCGGCGGAGGACCAGGACACUUGCCUGCGAGGCACCAAGGACUUACUCCAGACUAGAGAGGCUCUAGGAUACCGGGCCUCAGCCAAAAAGGCCCAAAUCUGCAGAGCAGAGGUGAGCUACCCGGGGUACAAAUUAAAGGACGGACAAAGAUGGUUGACAGAUGCGCGGAAGGAAACCGUCCUAAGGAUCCCGCAGCCGCCAACCGUCCGUCAGGCACGUGAAUUCCUGGGGUCGGCGGGGUUCUGUCGAUUAUGGAUUCCGGGUUUUGCCGAGAUGGCCAGACCCCUCUGGUGGACGGAGGCAUUCCCCACCAAGCACGAAACAGCGCAAAUCGUGACCAAAAAGCUGCUGGAGGACAUUCUGCCAAGGGUGAGAAACUCACCAUCUAAGAUGGGACUGGCUCCCUACGAAAUCAUGUUUGGUAUACCCCCACCUAUCGUUCCUGCCUUGAAACCCGAAGUGCUUGCUGAGUUCGAUGACCAACAGCUUCUUUUCUCCCUCCGAAUGUUACAAAGAGCCCAUGAGCAGGUGUGGCCUAAGCUGAAGGCCCUCUACGGUACAAGACCGGGCCGCCUCCUGACCCCCAUUGGUAUCGAGCAGGUUGACGGAAUAACUCCCUGGGUCCACUACACCCACGUCCGGCCAGCUGAUCCACACGCCGUCCUCAAGGACUUUGUUCCGGAAUGGAAGAGUCAGCCCGACAAAGACAAUCCCUUAAAGCUAAGGCUGCGUCGCUCCCACUUACCCCGCUAA